AUCAGUACAAAACCUAGUAUUCCUCGCUCAUCCCGUUUCGAAAUCUCAUCCUCAUUUCAAGAGAAGCUUCCAUCAAGAAUUCUGCUUCGAAAUGUCGAAAUUUCCUCAUCUUAGUUCUGUCCGUCUCAGAGACUGAAAGCUUGAUUUUGCAGUGCGUCGGAGCUUCUGUUCAGUGAGAAUGUCUACUCCAUUGACCCCUUCUAAGAGACCACAUGAAAGGAGCCUUGCAGAGCCAAAUGGGAAAGGAAAAUUGCAAAAAUCAACAAGCCUCUCAAAAUCCUCACCUGGCAGUAUUAUUCUCCGUGUAGUGUGCCCUGCUUCUAAAACUGGUAUUUUCAUCGAAAAUGGUGGAACCAUCAUAUCCCAAAUUCAACAAGAAACUGGCGCAAAAGUCAGAGUUGAGGAAACAAUCCCUGCUUCUGAUGAGAGAGUGAUUGUCAUCAUGGAUGCUUCUGAGUUGUCCAGUGAAGGUACAGAAGUUGGAUCUAAGCGGAGCGAGGAGCGUAGUAGUGCUAAUGUAGCUGAGGAGAAUGAAGAUAAAAGGGAAAGUGGCAAAAAUGAUGAGAAUAAGGAAUCAGAUUCUCUGAAAGAUGUGAAGUCUGUAAAGGAAAGUUCAACCCUUCAGAAGGCUUUAGUACUUGUUUUUGAAAGAAUAGUUGAACCUGAGCCAAAGGCAGGAGGAGGUAAUGAGGAAACUGAUAAGUCUACUACCGUUGUUUUAAGGUUACUUGUGCUUUCUAGUCAAAUUGGCUGCCUUUUGGGAAAGGGUGGCAGUGUAAUUAAGCAAAUGUCUUCUGAGAGUGGUGCACAGAUUCGUAUUAUUCCUAGGGACAAACUUCCUUCUUUUGCUUCAGCUACCGAUGAACUAGUUCAGAUUACAGGGGAGGUAGAUGCAGUUAGGAAAGCCCUUCAAUCGGUCUCUCAACAACUUUUGGAGAAUCCCCAGAAGGAUCAUGACACCUUUACUCCUACCACAGUAGGACAGUCAUCUCAUUCAUUUGGUCCUAACCCAGAUAUGUAUCCAACACCAAACCAUUCUUUCAUUUCUCAAGGAGCACCCAAUGCUGGACCUCGAGGCAUUGAUUUUCAUUCUGCAAUACCCCCGCCCAUCCCUGGGAGAAUGAUGUAUCUGCCAGAUAUGUUAACAUUCCGCUUAUUGUGUCAUCAUGACAGAGUCGGAGGUAUUAUUGGCAAGGGAGGAGCAAUAAUCAAGACCAUCACACAAGAGACAGGCUCUGAGAUAAAAGUUGUUGAGGGUUCUCCUGAUUCACCAGAACGCAUAAUUCUGAUAGCUGGUCCUGCGCAUCCAGAUGAUAGAAUAUCAGCAGCACAAGAGGCAGUUAUUCGGGUGCUCACCAGGAUGGUUAGGGCUAUGCCAGAUGGAAAUGACAAGACAGUGAUGGCUAGAUUGCUUGUAUCCAAUAAUCAAAUUGGUUGUCUCCUUGGCAAGGGUGGUUCUGUCAUAGCUGAAAUGAGGAAAUUAUCUGGUGCUCAUAUUCGGAUAUUGGGAAAGGAUCAGGUUCCAAAGUGUGCUUCAGAGGGUGAUGAAGUUGUUCAGAUUAACGGAGAAUAUGAAGCUGUUCGAGAGGCUCUUCUUCACAUAACAUCCAGAUUGCGACAUCACUAUUUUCGUGAUUCAUUUCAUGCUAUCAACCAUCCUUCAAAUCCUGCCUAUCUGGAUCAAGCACCCCCAUUCGCUCCGUAUAUGGGAAGGAGAGAACUCUCACCGCCUGGAAUGGGUCCACCUUUCCACCAUUUUGAUGCUUUUGGUGGCCCACCUCCACAUGGUGGUUUUCAUCCCCAUGAUGAUCCGCCUUUUAUGCACAAUAUUCAUAGACCAAACAUGCUUCCCCAUAUGUCGGAAAGAAAACCAUGGGGCCCUCAGGGAUUUGUUGCAGGUGGCGGCCCAAUGGGCUUUUCAGAUUUUACCGGAGUUCCUCAUAGAAGAAGUUUAGGUUUUGGAGGAGGAAGCCAACCUGCCAUUAUUACAAGCACCACGGUUGAAGUUGUUGUUCCUCGCUCUCUUGUUCCUAUAAUACAUGGAGAAGAUGGUGCAUGCCUGCAACAAAUACACGAGAUUUCUGAUGCAAAAAUUAUAAUUACUGACCCAAAGCCUGGAGCAGCUGAAACUGUGAUCAUCAUAUCUGGAACACCUGAGCAAACCCAUGCUGCACAGAGUCUUAUUCAAGCUUUUGUUAUGAGUGAGAGAGAACCUAUCUGAAACUUUUAACAAGGUAAUGACCUGUAUAUUUCUUCUUUCAUUUUUACAUUGUUAUAAAGUAUAUUCAGUACUUGGUAGGCAGAAAACUAGUUAUAACUUUUUCCAUUACUGGUCUUUUCUCUUAGAAGAUCAUUUCAUAGUUUCUUGAUAUACUUAAUUUAGUGUAUGGUGCUUAUAUUUGCUGCUAAAACUUGUCACCUCAGAUGAGCAUUCAGGUUGGAGAUUGCCUGGAUUCUUGUUUUACAGCUUUGUGAGUAUGUAGAAACUUACUUGAAUCUAGCUCGGGACUGAUAUUAAACUUUGCAGAUUCAUCAGCCCCUCAUGGAAAGCAUUCCUCUUCAAUCUAUGUGAGAGUUAAACCAGUGAUCAAGUUGUAUCUUUUUGGCCUUUUAAAAUUAGAAGAAAGGGAAAAAAAAAAGAUUGCUUUUUUACUUAAUAUAAAUACAUGCAUUAAUAGAUAGAUGAACAUGGAUGUGUAGUUGGAUGAACUUUCCAAGAAUUGCAAGAGAAAUAACAUUUCCGAUUCUUGUAAAAAAACUCAAGGACAUUAUGUGAUAUUUUCUGUUCACUGCACUAUUGUAUGUUGAUUUUCUUCAAUUCCUCUGAAUGCAAUCCAAUUUAUUUCUCCUGUGUAGUGACUGUUUCCAAUGCCGUACAAUAAAUGCAUAAAGCAAAAUUUUUACUGUAUGAGUUAAUCUAAAUGCAAAAGAAUGAGUAGUUUGGUUAUUGAAAUUAAAGGGAAAAACAUAGGGAGAAGGAUACAAGUGGCAGCGAAGAUCAAAAUAGUUUCUAGAGCAAGAAAUGUUGAAAUGAAUGAGAGAUAUGACAGUAAUAAAGUUAUCUUCUUCUUCAUUUUUGUUAGGGGUGUAUUAUUAUGUUUUCUAUACAUCCUCUGAACAUAGUAUUUGAUGGUUAGUGUUACCUAUAGACAAUAGCUAUUCAAAGUUCAGUACAUGCCUGUCUGUCUUAAAUAUAUUGUGGAUGCUUGC